AUGCUGGUCUAUGCUCCAACACAGUCCCUGCCGCACUUGCUCCACUACCAACAGAUCAAGAACCUGAACAAUACAGUCCACCGAACAAGAGCUAGAACAUCAACAAUCUCUGAUCCUUUGAAGCCGGAUUCGAGCAAGUACCAAGCCCGGAACAGUGAAGACCGCUCGGAACUUCGUAUCCUCGCAGCCCACUGCCAUUUGAACCGAACAAUGGUAGUCACCAGGAGCCAGGGUGACGCUGCAGACCAGGAUAAGAUCACUGAAGAAAUUCGAGUGGAGCACGAACGUUUGCGGAGAAUGGCAUUGGAUCCGCCGGCGUCGCCCACCGUGGCGCCAACCGAACGUGGAGGCCCAUCCCUACGGGGGGAGGCCUGCGAUCGUCAGACAAGGGAGCUCUACGAACCCACCGCUGGACCGUCAACUGCUAUGAACCCCGCAGCCCAGUCAUCACGACCGAGGUCCCCCGCAUACUCGCAUCGAUCGACAGCGAGUGUGGCGGCGCGACUACAACUGGCAGAACUUGAAGCGGAGGAGAGGCUAGCGGAAAUUCGACGAACCGAGCUACGCCUGGAAGCCGAACUAAUUAAGAAAAGGUUAGCCGUGCAAGUGGCAUCUAUCCAAGACGAGGCAGAGAGCUUACGCGACGAGCCGCUCGCCGCCGCUGAACGAAGAGUGGACAACUGGUUCCGCAACAACCCGGCGCACGUACGGGGGGAGCGCGGCGAAACGCUUACCACCACGGAGCCCAACGAACGGACGAGACGAACUCGUUUCCACGGCUCACCUUCGCCUGUGAGAAGCCCUUCGCCUGUGAGAAGACCAUCUCCCGUAAGAAGAGAACGAACAAGAUCGCCUACGCCGGCCCGUACGCGUAGAGGAAUAGAACAGCUGGCCGAAGCGAUAGAGAAGAUGGCAAGGCCGCGGCCCCGGCACGCAGGCGAGCUACCUGUCUUCUCCGGUGCACCGAGCGAGUGGCUGCCAUUUAAAGCCGCUGUACGAGACGCAACGGAACUGUACGGAUUGUCGGCCGCGGAGAACCUGCAACGACUGAGAGCCUGCCUGAAGGGUGAGGCCCGCGACGCUGUGGCUGCUUUACUACACGCGGCUACGGACCCGGCGAUCAUUAUGAGGACGCUGGAGCAGUGUUUCGGGAAGCCCGAGGUGAUCAUCGACCGGGCACUCGAUGAACUACGGAGAAUGCAGAAACCGGGUGCGUCAGCCACGGAACUGAACACGUUCGCCGUGAAGCUUCAGAACGUUGUCUACGUGCUGAAAACCAUAGACAAGCGUGGAUUUCUGUACAACCCACUGCUGGCUCGAGAAGUGCUUGACAAGUUGAGCCCGCACAUCCAGUCCCGCUGGUGCGACUACGCCGCAGACCACGAAGGAACAGCAGACCCAGAGAUCGUCGUGUUAUCACGUUUCCUUAUGCGCGAGGCCGACAGAGCGCUGCGCUAUAUGUACUCGCCCGCCGCGAGUACUGCCGCAACAACGAGGAGAGAAGUAAGACCCGCGAUAGUGAAAAGGAAGGUGAACGCCGUGUACACUGCCACUGAGAACGAACAAACGGACCGCUGCCCGAACUGCGGCCAACCCCACGCGCUACACCGGUGCCCGUCCUACAAAGCACUCAGUGUUGAACAGCGCUGGAACAUGGUGCGAGAAAAAGGAGUGUGCUUCCGAUGCGUUGAAAAACGACACCGUCGCCAAUUUUGUAAGGCAAAGCUGUGCGGCGUGAACCAAUGUCGCCGCCCGCACCACCCUACUCUGCACGAGGAACUGAGUCAGCCCAUUGCGCAGCCUGCAGCACCGCUCACAACGCCGCCUGAAGUGACCCCACCGAACGCGCCGAAGCACCACGAGACCGUGCUAUCACUGGGCACGCUACCACCGAAAGAGAAGGAAGUGCUGCUCAAAGUGGUUCCAGUCACUGUAACGGGACCACUGGGAAGUGUGGAGAUAUACGCACUGAUGGACGAGGGCGCCACAAUAACCCUCAUCGACGAAGAACUGGCACAGCGCAUCGGAGCGGAAGGACCCUCAACACCGUUGCGCCUACAUGGAGUGAAUAUGACACAAGAACAUCAGAGCCGAACCGUCAGCUUACAGCUGAAAGGAACAACGCAGGACAAGCCGAUGAACAUCCGAGCCCGCACGGUGCGUGAUCUGAAGUUGCACCAGCAGUCCAUACCGAGCUCGCUGCUGGAGGCGAAGCAUCUACGGGACAUACGGGAAAACGUGUGCUACGAUCUGGCACGCCCGCUCCUCCUGAUCGGCAGCGACAAUUGGGAGCUGAUAGUGAGUCGCGAACUACGAGUUGGUGGACGCAACCAACCAGCUGCAUCCCGAACACAGUUGGGCUGGGUGGUACACGGAACCGUACCAAGGAACGCCGUCCAUCAACGCAACAAUGUGCUGCACGUGUGGACUCCUGAUCAUCCGCUACACGAGAACCAGCAGCACGACGACCGCCUACACGAACUGAUCGAGGCACACUUCCGCAUCGACGCUCUCGGCAUCGCGCACAGACCGCGCGUGAGUGCUGCGGACCAACGAGCAAUCGAAAUGGUGAGAAGAACUAUGAAGAAAGUCGAUGGCGGCUACGAGGUUGGUUUGCCGUGGAAAACCGACGGAACUACGAUGCCUCCGAGCUACGAGGCAGCGCUACGACGACUACGCGCCAUAGAACGUAAAAUGGACGCCGAUCCUGCCUUCGCCGAACAGUACACCGCCCAAGUGGAGAACCUAUUCAACAAAGGCUACGCGGUGCCAUGCGACGGCACUGAACAAAACAGCGCUGUUAGUUGGUAUCUACCACACUUUGCCGUACAGAACCCGAACAAGCCCGGUAAGCAGCGACUUGUGUUCGACGCGGCGCACAAGAACCGAGGCGUGAGCCUGAACGACCAGCUGCUGGAAGGCCCGGACCUACUGCUAUCACUGCAGGGCAUCCUCUUCCGAUUCCGUGAAAAGCCGAUCGCCGUCACCGCCGAUAUCCAAGAGAUGUUUCUGCAGGUGAAGAUCCGACCGGACGAUCAACCGGCACAGCAGUUCCUGUGGAGAGGGGAGAACAGAACUGACCCACCACGAUGCUUCAAAAUGAGGAGCAUGAUAUUCGGCGCAGCCAGCUCCCCAUUCAUGGCUCACACAGUCCGCAACCACAAUGCGAUCAUGCACGCAGAGACCCAUCCGCGAGCAUUAGUGGCAAUUACUCAAAGCCACUACAUGGACGACCUGGUGGACAGCUACGACAGUGAACACGAAGCUCGCGCCACCAUACAAGAGCUACGUGAAGUACACGCAGCGGCCAGUUUCACGCUAAGGCGCUGGAGCUCAAGCCAUCCGAACGUGCUGCGCGACGUCCCGACAGAACUCAGAGCAACUACGCCCACCGCGCUCGGGACGAUCGAGAGUAUGGAAAACAAGAUCCUGGGACUCUACUGGAACCCGCAAACAGAUGAACUCGGUUUCGACACAGCCGUGAACCGGGUCCCAGCCGAGGUGCGCAACCAGAGCCGCGCACCCACCAAGAGAGAAACACUCAGUGCGGUCAUGUCGAUCUAUAACCCGCUGGGACUGCUAAGCCAUUACACGAUCAGAGCAAAGAUCGUGCUUCAAAACCUAUGGCGACUAGAAAUACCAUGGGACGAGCCGAUCCCUGCGGAAGAAGCCGAACUCUUCGCAUCCUGGCUGCGACAACUGAACGAAAUCGCACGCCUGCACCUGCACCGGAACUACGCCCUGGAGAACCAUGAGCACACUGAACUACAUGUGUUCUGCGACGCGAGCGAACAAGCGUACGCUGCUGUGGCCUACUGGAGGGUUGUACACCAAGACGGUAGCGCGAAAGUGACCCUAGUUGGAGCAAAGGCUAAGGUGGCACCACGGCGUACACAAAGCAUCCCGCGCCUUGAACUACAGGCUGCACUCAUCGGAGCAAGACUCGCCGACACUAUCAGGCGCGAACACCGCAUCGAGAUAAAGAAGACCAUCUAUUGGACGGACUCAUCAACCGUAGUCCACUGGGUGCGUAACGACGCGCGACGAUACACUCCAUUCGCUGCACAUCGGCUAGGGGAGAUCGCCGAACUCACGCACAAAGACGAGUGGCGUUGGCUGCCGACCGCUGACAACCCAGCCGACGAUGCCACAAGACAAAGCCAGACUCCAGUACGCAUGGAAGACCGAUGGUUCCAAGGACCCGGAUUCCUACACGAACCAGAGGACCGGUGGCCCACAGAACAGGAACCUCAUGAAGAUGCAGAGGAAGUCCUGCACCUGAGCCAGCAGGACGAGAGCCACUUCGACUGGAUGCCUGACCCGACCCGCUUCUCGAGAUUCGAGACGCUAGUAAGAGCAACCGCGAACGUACUGGCUUUCACAGACAUCUGCCGGAAGCGAGCGACCCGCAUGGAGCUACAGCACAUAGAACGCGCCGAACGAGCUCUCAUGCAACGAGCACAGGAGGACGACUUUGGAGACGAGCUGAAGAGGAUCAAAGCAGUUCGCCCAAUCCCUAGAACGAGUCGUCUGUACAAGCUGGACCCCGUAAUCGACGACGGCCUCCUGCGAGUACGAGGACGCAUUGGAGCCUCAAGUGCGCCCUCCGACGCAAAACGACCUAUCAUCCUAGACGGUCGUCACCCCAUCACGCGACUCAUCGUAUUGCGAGAACACGCCGCAGCAGGACACGCUAACAGAGAGCGAGUAACGAACGACCUACGACAGCGAUACUGGAUCAUACGGCUACGACCCACCGUACGCGCCGUCGAGUAUAGCUGCGCCCUCUGCCGGGUCACAAGGUCUAGGCCCAGAGCACCAGCCACAGGAGACCUGCCACGCGCCCGCCUCGAUCCAUUCCACCGCCCCUUCACGAACUGCGGGGUAGGCUUCCUUCGGGCCCAUUACUGUAAAAGUGGGACGCCGCCGAGAGAAAGGUGGGGCGCACUAUUUACCUGCCUCACCACACGAGCCGUUCACCUCGAGCUUGUCGCUUCUCUCUCUACGGAUUCGGCACUAAUGGCGUUGAGACGAAUGGCAGCACGCCGCGGAUGGCCGCGACUGAUGUACUCAGACAACGCAACCAACUUCCGCGGCGCCGAUCAAGAACUGAAAGCCGCAUACGCCGAAUGGGCACCCGCCCUAAGAGACGAAGGACUGACCCGGCGUAUGGAAUGGCGCUACAUAGCACCUGGCGCCCCGAACCAAGGAGGCGCAUGGGAACGCAUGGUGCGCUCUGUCAAGACAGCGCUACAAGCAACGCUUCGAGAAAAGGCACCAUCAGACGAAGUGCUAAGAACCCUCCUGACCGAAGCCGAGUAUUCGAUCAAUGCUCGGCCCCUAACGCACGUGAGUGUGGACCCUCGCGACCCCGAGGCCCUCACGCCGAACCAUUUUUUGCUGGGAUCUUCAACGGGUCUACCGAGAACAGGACCCUGUGACGAAGCCGACAGACGAACCUGGCGUACUAGCCAAGCACUCGCAGACCAAUUCUGGAGACGCUGGGUACGGGAGUACUUGCCGACCCUAGUACCGCGAGGAGAACCAGCUAGAAAGAAUGACACGUCAAAACUACAAGCCGGCGACAUAGUGGUUGUCGUCGACAGCACGCUACCGAGGAACGUAUGGCCAAUGGGAAGGGUAGAACGUACGUACCCUGGGCCUGACGGCAGCGUACGAGUCGCCGAUGUCAGAACGAAGACCGGCGUCUUCAAAAGGCCAACAUCGAAGCUCGUCGUCCUACUAAAGGAAGAGGAGGCUACGCAAAGCUGCGCCGGGGGGAGAGAUGUUGCGGACACCGAGCUACAUAAUCCGUGCCGACCGCCUACUCGCCAACCACUGUACUAG